AUGGGCCUUUCCAGCAGACCCGACACUCCCGAACCAGACACCGAAUCCUCUCUCCUCCUCCAUCCAUCAGAAAAUCCGCCGCCGAUCUCCUCCAAGGUCCCAGAGGACAGUUACCACCUAGCCUACAUAAUCCACUUCACUCUCGGCUUCGGCUACCUCCUCCCAUGGAACGCCUUCAUCACCGCCGUCGAUUACUUCUCCUACAUCUACCCGGGCGUCUCCGUCGACCGGAUCUUCGCCGUCGCUUACAUGCUCGUCGGCCUCAUCUGCCUCGCCGUCAUCGUCUUCUACGCCCAUAAAUCGGACGCUUAUAUCCGGAUCAAUGCGGGUCUGAUCCUGUUCGUCGUCGUCCUCCUGGUGCCUCCGGUUCUCGACACCACUUACAUCAAGGGUCGGGUCGGGUUGUACGACGGGUUCUAUGCCACCGUCGGGGCUCUGGCUCUUACCGGGUUGGCGGAUGCUCUGGCCCAAGGUGGGCUAAUUGGGGCCGCUGGGGAGCUGCCUGAGCGAUAUACGCAGGCUGUCAUCGCUGGAACAGCUGGCUCUGGGGUCCUUGUUUCAUUUCUAAGAGUCUUCACCAAAGCUGUGUAUUCACAGGAUCCAACUGGGAUCAGAAACAGUGCAAACCUCUAUUUCAUAGUUGGGAUUGCAGUCAUGGGCAUCUGCAUUGUCUUCUACAAUGUGGCACAUAGACUCCCAAUCAUGCAGUACUAUGCUGAUUUGAAGGUUCAGGCUGUAAACAUGGAAAGAGACAAGGGUUCUAUGACGGGAGCCCAAUGGAGAUCAAGCUUGUUGGGGACAGUGGGGAGUAUCAAGUGGCACGGGGUCGGGAUCGUCCUAAUCUAUGCCGUCACCCUGGCCAUCUUUCCAGGCUACAUAACAGAGGAUGUGAAAUCCGAGGCCAUGAAGGAUUGGUAUCCAAUCCUCCUCAUAUCCUGCUUCAACGUGUUUGACCUUGUUGGCAAGUCAAUGACUGCCCUCUACAUGCUUCAGAACUGGAAGGUUGCAGUUGCUGCUUGCUUUGCCAGGCUGCUCUUCUUCCCUCUCUUUCUGGGUUGCCUGCACGGCCCUGAAUUCUUCAGAACCGAGGUCCCUGUGUCGGUGCUGACUUGCCUCUUGGGACUUACCAACGGCUAUCUGACCAGUGUGCUGAUGAUUUUAGCUCCAAAGUCUGUUCCUUUUCACCAAUCUGAGACUGCGGGGAUUGUCUCUGUCUUGUUCCUCACUCUUGGUCUGGCUAUAGGUUCCAUAAUAGCCUGGUUUUGGGUCGUCUGA